UUUUCAGGACAUUGAAAUGGUGAUUUAAAACGAAUAAAACAGUGAUCUGAGUUAAGGGAAUUCCAGUGCUGACUGGUGACGUCCACAACUGAAGGCUAUUUUUACAUGGCCAGCUCCCUAUAAAAGGCACAAGAGUGGAACUGUCCUUUCAGUUAUCCAGAAGGUGUCACGCACCGUGACACUGCAGGUCUGAAGAUCUAAGAGAUCUUUUCUCUAGUUUUUUUUUUCUUCUUUUUUUUUGCGGAAACAUUUUCUUUUGUCUCGUGUACCUACGGUAAGUGUAACACUUGUGUUUUAUUUGUGGUAUGGAGUGAUGUCGUGAAAAAUGAUUUUGGUGCUAUCAGUGUGACAUGCCUGUUCUUUGAGGGUUUCCUGAUGCAGGUGUUGUCGUUUUGUUGUAUGUGUGUAGGUGUAAUCUUUUCCUGGUAAUAAGCAACAAAUACAGUUAAUGUUUAUUUGUCUCUAAACUAUGCAUUGUACCACCAGGUUACCAUGGAAACACUAUCAGCAGUGAAAUCCUUCAUAUCGAUGCCACACCAAACUGGAAGACCACAGAUAUUUGAACUCCUUAUGUUUCCUUCUUUGAUGAGCCUGGGUGUGCUGACUGUUCUUCUCAUCCUCACAGUCUUAUGUAAAUUGUUUGUAAAUGAAUAACUCUGAAAGGUACAUGCUUCAUCAACACCAAAUGUUUAUCUAAUUCAGAACAAGUAGGCUGUAAGUCUUCAGUUUUAAAACAUGUUCACAAACCCUCAAAUUCUCCUCCACAGAACUGACUCUACAUUCAGGUGAUCAUGGAAAAUUUAUCAGCAGUAACAUACUUCAUUUUAACAGCAUACACUGAGCUGGAAGAUCACAGAUACUUAUACUUUAUACUUUUACUUGUGUUGUACAUUCUAAUAUUAUUGGUAAAUUCAGUUCUAAUUGUAGUAAUAUGCAUAGAGAGAGGUUUGCAUGGACCUAUGUAUUUGUUUAUAUGUAACUUAGCAGUGAAUGGAGUGUAUGGUAGUACCUCUUUAUUACCACCUAUGCUUGGCCAUUUGUUAUCUCAGAAUUAUAAAAUAUCUCUGACCUUUUGUCUAUUACAGAUCUUCUGUGUACACACAUACGGUGCAGUUGAAUUAAAUGUUUUAGCAGUGAUGAGCUAUGACCGGUAUGUUGCCAUAUGUUGUCCAUUACACUAUAACAAAAUACUGUCUCGCAAAAAAGUAUGCACGCUUAUUACAUUAUCGUGGUCUUAUGCUUACAUUGUUUUUGGACUGUUUUUCAUAUUAACAGUACAGAACACAUUUUGUGAUGCAAACAUAGAAAAAGUGUACUGUGUCAAUUUUGCAUUAGUCAGAGUGUCUUGUCUUGAUACGUCCACUCAGAGCAUAGUUGGACUUGCAGCAAUUGGACUGAUACUUGUUCCACAGAUCCUAAUGAUAAUAUUUUCCUAUGCGCAAAUACUCAGAAUCUGCCUGUUUGCUUCUAAGAAAUCUCAGAUCAGAGCUAUUCAAACAUGCACCCCACACUUGCUGGCUGUGAUUAACUAUGCAGUGGGAUGCUUUUUUGAGGUCAUCCACAGUCGCUUCAGCACGAGUGAUGUACCUUAUAAAGCUCGCAUAUUCAUGUCCCUUUCCUUUCUGAUAUUUCCUCCCAUACUUAAUCCUGUCAUUUAUGGAAUUAGUAUUCAAGCAAUCAGGGUUCAGAUUGUCAAACUGUUCAGUGGUAUGAGAAAUAAGUUGAUAACGCGGAUGAUAAUGAAGUAACCUCAAGCCUGUUUAAUUCUUUACCACAUAUUUAAGCCAAAUAACUCAAAUGAGCUCAUUUACAUUCUCGAGUCCAUGAGAAACUCUAAAGAUGUACAUGCAGAGAUGUUAGUUAUACUGUGUGAAAUUACAUAAUUUGCCUGAUAUUUAAAGAAAAAAAAAACUGAAUUAGAUUACUAAACUGACUAGAUUCAAAAUGCAUUCAUAAUUUGAUUAGAUUUUUUUUUUUUUUCAUUUUUAAAUGAACACCUUUAGCAUAUAGGCCUAAUGUUUUUUUUCUUCUGAUGAAUUCUGACGAACUUGCAAAGUAAAUUGUUUGCAGAUACUUUCCAUAAACCAUAAAUCCAACUGUCUAAUAUUCAGGCAUGCAGUAAUAAAAAAAGAUU